CCUGCGGAGGAAUAACUUUAUUUUACCCGCUUCCCGCCACCGCCACCACUACCCCCCCCCCCCCAGCUCUCCGCGGCGUUCGGCCCCCAGCCCCGCUCGGCGGCGGCAGCGAGAGGAGCCGGGCGGCGCUCCCGCCGCGGGGCCGGGGAUGGCGAGCCCCGCCGUGCUGGGGCUGCUGCCCCCCCUGAGCUCCCCGCCCGGCCCCAACCUCAACAACAACAACAACAACAACCAGGGCGUGAGGAAGUGCGGGUACCUGCGCAAGCAGAAGCACGGCCACAAGCGCUUCUUCGUGCUGCGGGGUCCGGGCGGUGGGGAGGAGGCGGGGGGCGCCCGGCUGGAGUACUACGAGAGCGAGAAGAAAUGGAGGAACAAGUCCGGGGCGCCCAAGCGGGUGAUCGCCCUGGACUCCUGCCUCAACAUCAACAAGCGGGCGGACGCCAAGCACAAGUACCUCAUCGCCCUCUACACCAAGGACGAGUACUUCGCCGUGGCGGCCGAGAACGAGCAGGAGCAGGAGGGCUGGUACCGGGCGUUCACCGACCUGCUCAACGAGGGCAAGGCGGCCUGCCAGGGGUCCCCCCACCGCCACCUCGCCUCCCCCUUCUCCGCCUCCUGCAGCGCGGCCGCCGCCUCCCUGGCCGCCGCCGGCGAGGACCUCAGCUACGGGCUGAUCGCCCCGGCCGCCGCUGCCUACCGGGAGGUCUGGCAGGUGACGCUGAAGCCCAAGGGCUUGGGGCAGAGCAAAAACCUCACCGGCGUCCACCGGCUCUGCCUCUCGGCCCGCACCAUCGGCUUCGUGCGCCUCAACUGCGAGCUGCCCUCGGUCACGCUGCAGCUGAUGAACAUCCGCCGCUGCGGCCACUCCGACAGCUUCUUCUUCAUCGAGGUGGGGCGCUCGGCGGCCACCGGCCCCGGCGAGCUCUGGAUGCAGGCGGACGACUCGGUGGUGGCCCAGAACAUCCACGAGACCAUCCUGGAGGCCAUGAAGGCGCUGAAGGAGCUGUACGCCUUCCGGCCCCGCAGCAAGAGCCAGUCCUCCUCCUCCUCCUCCUCCGGUGGGGCCGCCGGGCCCGGCGGCGGCGGCGCCUCCGCCACCCACCCCAUCACCGUGCCCGGCCGCCGGCACCACCACCUGGUCAACCUGCCCCCCAGCCAGACCGGCCUCCUCCGCCGCUCCCGCACCGACAGCCUCGCCGCCGGCGCCGGCAGCAAGUGCACGCCGUGCCGGGUGCGGACGGCCAGCGAGGGCGACGGCUGCCGGGUGGGCUCGGCGGCCGGCAGCCCCAUGAGCCCGGGCCCCGUGCGGACCCCCCUCAGCCGCUCGCACACGCUUAGCGGCGGCGGCGGGGGCCGGCAGGCGGGGAAGCUGCUGCCGGUGCUGGCCGGCGGCGGCCUGCAGAGCAGCCGCUCCAUGUCCAUGCCCGCCUCCCACUCGCCCCCCUCCGCCACCAGCCCCGUCAGCCUCUCCUCCAGCAGCGGCCUGGGCUCCGAGGCGGCCCCCCCGCAUCACCCGCAGCGCCCGUCCAGCGGCAGCGCCUCCGUCUCCGGCUCCCCCAGCGACGCCGGCUUCAUGUCCUUCGACGAGUACGGCUCCAGCCCGGGCGGCGACCUGCGGCCCUUCUCCUCCUCCUCCACCGCCAGCAACCGCAGCAACACCCCCGAGUCGGUGGCCGAGACCCCCCCGGUGCGGGACCCCGGGGGCGGCACCGACCUCUACGGCUACAUGGCGAUGGAGCGGCCCCCGAGCGGCCGCCUCUGCUACCGGCCCUGCCCCGACGCCGCGGCCGACCGGGGCCAUCGGAAGCGGACCUACUCCCUGACCACCCCGUGCCGGCAGCGGCCCCCCCCGCCGCAGGUCUCCUCCGCCUCCCUCGACGAGUACACGCUGAUGCGCGCCACCUUCGCCGGCAGCGCCGGCCGCCUCUUCCCCUCCUGCCAAGCCGGGGCUUCCCCCAAAGUGACCUACACCCCCUACCCCGAGGACUACGGGGACAUCGAGAUCGGCUCCCACCGCAGCUCCGGCAGCAGCAGCACCAACCUGGGCCCGCCGGCAGCGGGCGGAGGAGGAGGAGGAGGAGGGGGGGGGGGAGAUGACGACGGCUACAUGCCCAUGACCCCCGGCGUGGCCGCCGCCUUGGGGCAGGGAAGCCGGGGCGGCGAUGACUACAUGCCCAUGAGCCCCACCAGCGUGUCCGCCCCCAAGCAGAUCCUGCAGCCCCGGGCGGGGCUGGGUGGCGGGUCCCCCGGGAACAGGAGCGGCUACAAGACCAGCUCGCCCGGGGAGAGCUCCCCCGACGACAGCGGGUACAUGCGGAUGUGGUGCGGCUCCAGGCUCUCCGUGGAGAGCUCGGACGGGAGGCUGAGCUGCGGCGACUACAUCAAUAUGUCCCCUCGGGACCCCCAGCACGGGCCCCAGGCUCCCUCCCUCACCCCCCCGGACUUCUUCUUCGCCCCUUCGGGGCACGGGCCCGGCGAGCCCCCCAAGCCCGGCUGCUAUUCGUACAGUUCCUUACCCCGCUCCUACAAGAGCCAGGGCCCGGCGAAGGACAGCGACCAGUACGUCUUCAUGAACUCCCCGGGGAGGACGAUCCCGGAGGAGGCGGUGUGCGGAGCGGGCCGGUCGCCCGCCGGCACCUUCGCCCCCUCCAGCCACACGGUGCCUUCGCCCCUGCGGCACAGCCGGACCGAGAGUUUCCUGAGCCAGCGGUGCCAGCGGGCGGCCCGGCCCAGCCGCCUCUCUCUGGAGACCUUGCGGACGAUGCUGCCCAGCAUGAACGAGCACCCUCUGCCGCCCGAGCCCAAGAGCCCCGGCGAGUACAUCAACAUCGACUUCGGGGAUGCCGCCGUCUAUUCGCCCCCCUCGCUGCCCGCCGACAGCCCGGCCUCCUCCCUGGGCUCGGGCACGGGGCAGAGGCGCUCCCCUCUCUCUGACUACAUGAACAUCGACUUCGGGUCACAGUCGCCCUCCCAGUCGGGCACGGUCUCGGUGGGCUCCCUGGAAGCGCUCUCGCCGGGCUCUUCCUCCAGCACCAGCCAGCCCGAGGGGCGCUACCUGAAGGCGGCUGUGGGGGUGGCCUGUUCGUCCAGCCCGUCCGAUGGCGGGGAUUACACCGAGAUGACCUUUGGCAUGGCCACCACCCCACCCCAACCCAUCGUUCAGAAGCCAGAAAGUGCCCGGGUCGACAGCCCCACGGCUGGGGUGAAGAGGCUCACCCUCUCCGGGGUGGAGGCUUUCAUCCUCUCCAGCCCUCCCCCGGACCCAAACCGGGGGGCCAAGGUCAUCCGGGCGGAUCCCCAGGGGCGCAGGAGGCACAGCUCGGAAACCUUCUCCUCCACCACCACUGUGACCCCCGUGUCCCCCUCCUUCGCACACAACCCCAAACGGCACAACUCGGCCUCGGUGGAGAACGUGUCCCUCAGGAAAAGCGAAGGCCUGGAGGAGGAGCAGGGUAGCAGCCCCAUGUGCCGGGAGACCUCGGCUGGCUUCCAGAACGGCCUCAACUACAUCGCCAUCGACGUGGUGGACGGGACCCUGGCAAACCGUGACAAAGCCAGGUCGAGAGCCAGGCACGUCCUGAACGGCGGCGUCAACGGCGUGGAGAUGAGCGCCUAUGCCAGCAUAGACUUUCUGUCUCACAACCUGAAAGAAGCGAGUGCUGUGAAAGGAAGUACAGGAAGAUGGAAAAGAUGAGAGAUUCACCGUUUGCGGAGCAAGCUUUGAACCUAAUUAAGACGAGAGGAUUGUUGAAUGAAAUGUCAGAGUUUGAAAGGAUGAACGCUUAUUCUGAAUGACUGGAAGGGCUGAGGGCAGCGUUACUUGUCUGUUGCUUUUAGUUUUGCUGGGGUCGUGUUCAGGAUCCCUGUGGCUCGACCUGGAGGGGUGCGGGUGCUGCAGUUACCGCUCUCCGUGUCCAGCCUUGGUCGCGGGCACCAACAAACUAUCGUGCCCCUUGCUUUGCAGAGUGACUUUUCACAGAAACGAGGAGUUUUUCUUGAGCCACCUACAGCCCCAGCUGCAAACCAAGCCCCGUGUUGGGAAAGAGCUAUUUCCACAGCAUUCCCCAAAGUGCUGACCCUAAGAGGGGGGUGGGGGGCACCGAGAAAACCGGGAGUGGGUGGGAGCGCGGUCACCGUCCAGGUGAAAAGUGGGAAUGAAAGAGCUGGUUGGUCAGAGAAGCAGGGGGAACCGACUGCUGUCCUUGCCAUCCGGUAAACAAAAGGAGAGGGCAGUGAGCGUCGCCGCGUUCACUGGGUGCACGGCGGCGUGCAGAGGAGAGGGUUCAGUUCUGCUGCACAUUUGUCAAAGGGAGGUUCUAGGCUUGCCUUAUUUCAGUAUUUAAUCUGCAUGUGUAUUUAUUUUUCCUCCUUCCCGUAAGCCUUUAAACGCAGACCCCAUGGAGAAGUGAUGCGGGGAAGCUGGCUGAGGUUUGCUCUGGCUGUAGGAGGCAAGGCUGGCUGUCUUCCCCGCUUCCCCGAGGAGCGUGCACGCCUGCUGGGUGACGGGGCUCGGGGAUUAAUGCGGCCGGUGUCAGGCCCAGGCGGUAAGGAAAAGCCUCACACGAGCACCAUCAGUCCGCAGUGUGCAGGGCUGGGUACCAAAAUCGGGGUUUCGGGUUAAUUGCACUUGUGGCAGGCAAACUGAAGCAGUCGUAGCGUGGGGAAGGAGGCAUGUAUCACAAAGGACUUUACCGGUGUAAGUCGAAUCAGGUCAUUAACUUUUGCAAAUUUCCUAGUUUCUCUUUUGGUUUUCAUUGGGAUUUCACACCGAAGUUUGUUUACGGAAGGACCUCUGCCACUGUCUAAAAAGGUCACCGAGUAUUGUGCCAGUGUAUUUGAAUUUCAAGCAUUGUGAUUUGGGAGCCUACUAAGAAUUUCAUCUUUUACAGAGAAACACUUAUGCAAUUUAAAGAAAACUGUAUUUUGAGCAUAAGCAAGAUUAUUUUGACACAGUAGUAAUUCAGGUAGAUUUGAGAGAAUCUAAUUUUGUAAAAAUUAAUGGUUUGCACAAGAGAUAGCUUAUAUAUGAUCAGCAUUGUUUACUUAGCUGUUUGCACUUUUUUCAAAUUUUGUUUUUAACUAUAUUAGCAAAGUGAGAAGCUUAACUUCUUCAAAGCUUCUUCAAAAACCAAGAGAGGUUUCUAGCAAUUUUAAGACAAUGGAGAAUCCACAUAUAUUUAAUAUUUGGAACAGGAGAAUCUCAGAGAUACAGGGUAUGCAAACGAGCUCCUUGUAAUUACCUUCUCAGUAAGUUAAUAUUUCGAUUUGUGUAAAAUACAUGUAAAAAACCAGUUUGAAUUCUUCCUGAUGGUCUGUAGCAGUAGAUGUGUUUUCGCGUGGAUAAGUGUUUUAAGCGAAAUUACUUGUAUCAUUUAAAGGUGGCUGGUUUUCACGUGUAGCUUGUCUCUCUGCUAUCAGUAACUUGCCCCUGCUGUAGGGAGUGCUGUGCUUGCGGAGAUCCCUGUCCAUAUUAUCCUGUCAUGGCAAGAGCAAGCGAGUGCAUCCACAACUGCUGUCAAAACAGCAAAAUUAAAAGGUUGCUCGAAAUUACCAGUUCGUUUAGUUUUACUGUGUUCUGAAAGUGUGCAAAUAUUUAAGAAUUGGAGAAACACUUGCCUUCAUCUGAUGUGUAAAUAAAAUAAUACUGUUACUGGUUGGUUAAAACUUGUUACUUGCUGAUAAUUAGCCUUUGUUCUUAAAUUAUGACUGCUUUUUUGCUUAAAAACUUAUGAACUGUGUGUGGUUUUCAUUAUGGAGACAUUUACACUCAUUUCUCUUGUAUAGUGUAAACUACUUAUUCCAGUGUAUUUAUGACAGAUUACACCCAAUAACGAUGUGACUCUUUAUGGUGGAUCUUAGUUCUAUUGAAGUCAGAUGGGAGUUUUCUCUCUAUUUUGGUGGGGUUAAGAUUUUACGCUUUGUGUGUAAUCAUGGAAUUCUUAAGUAAAAUUCCUGUUAAAUUUAGUGGGUGUGUAAUAAGGAAUUUUGCUUAAUUGAAAACACCAGAGUUGGGUGGGUUAUCUUUAAUUUUGUUUUCUUUUCCAUUAACAAAUGCUCUGUAACUUGUAAAUGUUUCUAGUAGUUGGUCUAGUUUCCUAAAAUUGAACAGAUACUAUGUGUAAUGGUGCAAAAAAACCCUGAGGGUGGUUUUCCUCCUGUGUUAGUUUCUUUUGUCUUGAUUUAUUUAAAGAAAUCAUCUGUAAUGCAUCUAGUUGAGAUCGUAAUAAGGUGAUUUUUUAUAAUAAUGACCCCCCCCAGCCUUGUCAAUUAGCUCUUACUUUUGUGAGGGUUUUAUGAUUGCACCUAAACAAUAAAAAGCCUAUCUUAAGAAAUCUCUUCCUGUGUCUUUCUAAUGACAUUUUAGAUAAUUCAAGAAAUAACCCUUGUUUUCCUUUUUCUCUGGGAUUACUUUGCACGAUGAAUUAUAUUAUUAAGGUUUUUUUUCCUUCCCCCUCUAAUAUGCCAACAGCCGUAAAGUUUUGGUUCUCAGAGCAGCAUGAGAAUGUUUAAUUGUAUCUUUAACAAAACUUGUAUUCAUUUUAAAAUAACUUCUUAAAAGUAUUAAAAGAAGUAUAUGCGGUGUUACAAAUCUAUACAUCUUCUAAAGUCUGUAUUUGAAUAAAUUAGCUGUAGUAGUUUCUCUUACUGACAAGUUCUGUGAGAACAUGACAAUUAACAGCAGGAAGAACUGAACUGCUUUUAAUAACCUUACAUAGUUUGAUUUUUUUUUUUAACCUCUUACGCUUAGAAUUAAAAAUCUGAGGUGAUUAUUACUAGGUGAUUUUUAUUAUUAAAAAUCAUUUCACAGCUGUCCAAAUGAAAAUGGUUAGGUCUGCACCCAGCAGUGCCACUUGUGAAACACAAGAUGUAAACUGAGGUUAUCUAAGAUUAAAUGAAGCCUUUGAUAUUUUAAAUUAUGUUGAUUAUACGGAUGUCAGCUUUUUACAAGCAAAUAGAAUAUUAAAAUGUGUAACAUCUAUUAGACUUUUAUUUUGCUUUAUACUUUAAAUUAUGUUUAGCUAUACUGCGUAUAGAAAGAAUGUCAUGGUUACUUUGAGUCAUUUAAGAUAAAUUGUUAUAGACCAAGUUGAAUGGUGGGUUUGUUCUAAAAUGAACCAGUACAGUCAUUGCUCAAGGCAGAGGAAAUGCUUAGGUUGAUGAUUGCUUCUGAUUACUUGAUUUCUUUCAAGAUAGCUACAGAGACUAACGUUCGCUUGUAAGUAAAAUGGAUAAAGGAAUGUUUGAACAGAAAGAGCAUUAGGACAUGUUUUAUAUGGUGGUGGUGUUUUGGUUUUUUUUUAAUAAGGAGAGAAUAACAUGGGUUUCUUUACACUUGAUUUACUAUUAUUUUUAAAUAGCAUUAAUUACACUGGAAUGCUGAAGUGGUUUAAAAGUUGAAACACAGCAAGCAUCCACAGAAGAAUUAAGCUGGAGUUAGUGUAUGUAGCCUAACUUUCCUCCCUAUUCAGCAGUUAAAGGGCAACAUAAGUACAUCCAGGUAUUUUCUGUUUCUAUCAGAUUUUUUCUAAAGCACCGUUAAUAUGUUUCUUUUUAAAGUAAUAAACACAUAAAGAAAUGGCUGUA